GCUGCUGAUGGUCAGCUGAUCUUUCCGGAAGUGCUGCUUCAGUCUGUUUAGCAGCAGGGUUUUGUUUAUUUGAAUUUGAGGAUCACAUGAGAGACUUUAUAUAUUUAUAUUUCAGAAAUUUAUUUUAUUAUUACAGAUCACUGAGCGGCUCUCACUGAAAAAACAAUGUUUCAGUUUAGUGUAAAGACCGGAGUCACUGCGUUUACGGUCACCUGCCUUCUGUUAGCAGCUCAGGCUGCAGGAGCUAAAAAUUCUGAGGACAUCAGGUGUAAAUGUAUUUGCCCCCCCUACAAAGACAUCCAAGGACAAAUCUACAACCAGAAUGUUUCCCUGAAGGACUGUAACUGUCUUCACGUGGUGGUCCCGAUGCCGGUGGAAGGGAAAGACGUGGAGGCGUACUGUUUACGCUGCGAGUGUAAAUACGAGGAGAGAAGCUCAGGAACGAUUAAAGGGACCAUCAUCAUCUACCUGUCUGUUCUGGGGCUGCUGCUGCUCUACAUGGUGUAUCUGACUCUGCUGGAGCCCAUGCUGAAACGGCGCCUGUUCGGACACUCACAGCUCAUCCAGAGCGACGAUGAUGUCGGGGACCAGCAGCCGUUUGCAAAUGCUCAUGACGUUCUGUCCCGCUCACGCUCUCACACAAACAUGCUGAACAAGGUGGAGCACGCGCAGCAGCGCUGGAGGAGGCAGGUCCAGGAGCAGCGCAAGUCCGUGUUUGAUCGGCACGUAGUGCUCAGCUAAAAACACUCCCCCUAGUGGACACUCAAGUUAUGACCAUGGUUAUAUGUGCAGCGUAACCUACUCGCCUUUAUAGCAUCAUCUUGCGCGUGCGUGUGUAUAGUUUUUAUUCAUAGUGGUACAGUGUGAUGUUUCCACUAGCAUGAAAAUUCACCUCUUUCUAUUUAACAUCCUGAGUUUCUUUCUUUUUUUUGCAUGAAGUAACAUAAAAAUGUUCUGUGAAUAGAAAGUGAUGUUUACUCCUGAUGAAGAUCAAAGGCAUUUAAAUGCAGAGGUACGAACAUGUGAGAGCCAGAUUCAAUAUGAGCUCAUGCAGUCAUCUCAUUCCUCUCAUCAUCUUCUGAAAUAAAUUAUAUUGGUGUGUGUGUGUGUGUGUGUGUGUGUGCGCGCGUGUACGUUGAUCACUUCAUUAACUAUUUAAGUUUGAUUGUUGAACCUGCUCCUUGUUUGAGUGUAACCAGUCUGUACAAACCAACAUUCUUAUAAACCUGAUGUACAUUUUCACAUAAACAAACUGUUCAUAAUCGCUAUUAAUUACAGUGUUGAUAUGGAAUUUUCUCAAAAGAUGAGAAAAAUGUUGUAAUUUGAUGUCUUUGAUGUUUUAGGAGUUGAGGGUUUGAUGAUGAGGUUAGUAUCUGAUGUUUGUUCUUGUACCUGUGAUCACCUUCUAAUACAUUCAGUACACUAAUGUGGAA